AUUUGCUUUCACGAACCAUCUACAGUACGCAGAGGAAAUCGUCUACGAAACUUUCAAGAGCUUUCAUCGUGAGUAGUGCCGUGCGCAUCGGGAGGCAAAGCUAUGAUUGGAUCAUCCUCUUACAGAAGUUGCUCUUUGGCGGUGGCGAUUCUGACAGUCUGCCUCGCGAAUUCUAUAGCCUAUGGAGUGCCGCUGAUAAACGAAGAUGAACAAGCUGAGAACACAUUGUUGUCCCGAUCUGAGAUGGCAGGAGAUGCAGACUUACCGUGGGACGCUGUAAACGCGGCUGCGUUGCGGAAAAUGUUGAUACAACUUGAUGCCGAGGAUGGAAUGGGACGAGUGGGUCGCUCUUGGCCACAAGCGGAAGCCCGUGGGUGGGGUCUUCGUUCAAUGGACGGCAGGAUGAACCGCCCGUGGAGGGCUGACAAGAGACAGGCGCGCUUUAGACAGUGCUACUUCAACCCGAUCUCUUGCUUCCGCAAAUGAACACAUGCUCGUAUUACGACCGUCGCUUCCAAAACCCAGAGAAAUUUAUACAAAAUAUAUUAAGUGUAUUAUUAACUAUUAUUACAAGUAUAUUUCUUUACAUAAUUUUAAUGAGGUCUAGUCUAAAGUAUCACUACGUGGUAGUGUAGCAAGUAUACUGGCAGCAUGUUAAGAUUAUAUUCAGUUAUGUGCCAUACAUUACAUUUAUUUCGUUUAGAUUAUUAUAAAAUUAUCAUUCAGACAACUCGCAUAUAAAAAAGUACUGUUUACAUUAUGCGUUUUGAUCGUAGAUUAUCGGAUAUUAGGGAAAUAUUGUUUUACAUUGAAAUGUAACCAGUGGCGUAUCGUGCCUUGGUGUGGCCCCGUAUAAAAAUUUGCUUAACAUUUCUCACAAAAGAAAAAAAAUGUUUGCGUAAAAUUAAAAGAAAUAUUUAUUCAUCAUAAUUGUCUAUCUGUCACUUUUUUUAAACAAAUUUUUACAAACAAUACAAGUUAGUUACACAAUCUCCUUGCCAUUUUUACGGCAGCAGCAAAAGUUUUUAUUAAUUUUUCCUCACGCACGUCGGGGGCUCCCGUGGCCCGGGGCCCCCGCUUAAUUGAUACGUCAGAUAUGGCGGUAGCUACGCCCCUGAAUGUAACCCUACAUAAUGUAUUAAAGUCACGUGCAAGACGUAUAUAAAGUGUGAAAGAAAGAGUCUCAUAAAGAUGUAUCACGUUUUGUCUUGGCCUCGUGUUCGUAUCGCUCUCAAUAGGCCGUGACAUAUUCCAAACAUCUUAAGCUUUUAAAUAAAACACAUCACUAAUAUAACGUCGAAAGAAUCCAUUAAAAGGCUUUUCAUUCGUUCUUUUUCAAUUCAAUUUAUUUAUAAAUGUAGACCAAAUAUAAAUCAUAUUGAAAUAUAUUUUUCUUGAAUGAAUUUUAUCAACGUGGAUACAUUUACUAAUACCGUAGUUAAAUAAGAAUUCUAAUUAAAUAUAUUUCUGUUUCACUUAAUAGUUAAUAGUUCAUUGUAUUACGAUUAUAUUAUAUAUGUAUUAUGUAAUAAAUUAUUCAA